AUGGCCAAUUCAACAAAAUGCUUCAAAAUAAUAAUUUUGCUCAUAAUGAUUACUACAAUUUUUAUCGAACCAAUUUACACGUCUUCAAUUAUAAACGAUCUUAACAAAAGACAAUAUCCUAGUUCACAAGAAUCAAAGGUACCAGAGACCUCACAAGUACAAACAGAAACUAUAAAACCACCAGAUACUUCGGUGUCAUCACAAGUUCCUGAUGCCUCGCCUACUCCAGUAACCCCAGUAACCCCAGUAACUUCGCAAACUACAGAUAAUCCAAUUACAACAACAACUCCGAUUGACACCAGCACGCCUGUUCCAAAUACUACCAACCCUUUAACAUCUGUGUCAACUACUCCAGUGGAUUCAACUAUACCAUCAUCGCCAAAAACAACUGUGAGUAAUAGUAAUACCGCCACUAUAUCAAAUACUACCAUCACAGGAAACACUACAACAUUAUCGACUACAACAGUAACUCAAGAACCCAUCACAACACCAACUCAAACAGUAAUAACACAAAAUGGAAAAAGUGAAACAAUUACAAAGUUUACAACAACUCUGACAACUAUGACAGAGACAAUACCUGGCUAUACGACAAUCACAAGUACGACAGGAACAAACGGUGAACUGACAACUUUUGCAACUUAUAUACCACCAAGUACUGUGGUGGUCGUUAAGAAGACAAUUGCGCCAGCUAACCAAGAAUCUAAGAAUAAUAAUAGUAAUUCUUUAAAGCCGACAUUGGAAUAUAACAUUAUCACCAAAAUGGACAAAAGGUCGUUUGAAUUAAAUGCUAGAGAUUUUCGAUGUAGUCAAGAAAAGGAAAUUGAGUCCUUUUCUUCUCAAUUUUAUCCUAUGGUUUAUCCAAUAUAUCAACCACCAGUUAAUCCCUCCUAUCCACAAAAUAAUCACCCAAUCAAUUUUUCAUUGCUCUCACCAACAAAACCAAUUAAUUCACAACCAAGAGACAUACCAUCAAUAAAUGACCUUUUAGAAAAAUUAGAUCAAAAGUAUAGAGAUGAUUUGUUUACUCAAUUUUUGGACAGUUUUAUCAAUGAAUCAAUUGAUGUUUUGGAUAUUUUAACAUAG